AGAGAGAGACAGAGAGGGAAGGAAUACCCGCCUGGUGUAGGUCGGCUCCCUCUUGCGAUUCCGUGGCUGUGGUGCCGCGGCGUCGCCUUCACUUCUCCUUUCCCCGUAGUUACCCUUCUCCUCCUCCUCAAGCCUCUGCCCGCCCUCAUUCAUCCCCCCUACCAAAGCCUUGAAAGAAACACCUUCUUCUCUGUGCUCUUCAAGCGACGAACAUGUAUCGUUGUUGUCUGUGCAUGGCCUACUCGCCCUCCUCCGUUCCGGAUCCUGACCGCUCGCUCCCUGGUUGUGCCGCGCUCUGAGCUCGCCAUGGGAGCGGAUGAGGUUGACGGGAAUUGAUUUUGGUGGAAGAUAUACUAAAGGGCCUUCGUAUUAGCUUGUAAUUUUGGGCGUUCUUAACAUAUGAUAGCUCACUACUCUGCUCGAGCUUACGGCUUUUGUUAGGCUUUUUUCCCUUGUAUUUUUAGGUACAUGUUGGGGGAAAAGCUGCUCGUUCUGCUUCAUACUCGAAGGUUGAGUUUAGACAAAGUUUCAGUAAUCAAGGACAUAUUGAACUGAAGUUACAGCUAACGUCAGAAUAUUGGUCAUUGUUUUUUCAACUACGGGCUUAUUUUCUGUGUACUUGAGAUAAAACAUGGCAGAGGAUGCUGUACGAAGUUAUGGAAACAAUGAAGAUUUAAAUGUUGAAUUGAGUCACACAAAUGGGAGUGUAACUCACAUUCAGUACCAUUCGCAAUGGAUGGCACAUUGGAAACGGGCAAGCAGCAUUUCAGCUCAUCAGUGCCAUAAGCACUGUACUCUUUCUGAUGCAAGCAACAGAAAAAAUUGCGUAAAACAAGAGGGCUAUUCGCAAGUCGAAAAUACAAAAUCUGGGAAGGUUCAACUGGUAAGCAUAGGUACGAGGGAAGGAACAACCCCCGAAUCCAGGAAUGUGUGCAGUUCUGAGCUUAAUGAAUUAGGCCUAACAUUGCAUGUUCACCGGUCAGCUGAAUUUGUGGGAGCUGAAAAGGGAAGAUGUGAGAUGGACAAUACUCUGGUGGUGCCGAAAGAUGUACAUACAUACGAUGGAGUUGUAGUAUCAGAUAAAUUGCAUCUUCAUAAUUUUUCAGACUCCUCUAUAAACUGGGAAAACUACAACACAUGCCAUUCUCUGAAUUCAGAUGAAGUUCACUUUCCUAAGUAUGACAUAAGUUGGAAGAUUGAUAAUACUUUAAAUCCUAAAAGAGGACCUGGACAUGGUCAAGUGGCCAAUAGAUUUGUUAAGUUACAUCUUCCAUUAAAAGGAACUAUGUUAGGCUCCCAUGUAACAGAAUCUAAAGCAACAGAGAUUAGUACAAGUAGUGAUCAAGAGAUUGAACCCUGUGAUACUGUUAACGGCUUACAAAAUUUUCAAGAUGGUAUUAGUGCAUCAACUUCUCUGCCAGCGAUGGUCAGAUCUAAAGCUGAGAGGCCAAAUAUGAAGUCUCCUGUGUGCAUUAAAGAUAGAAGAAUGUCUUCAGAAUCGGAUCACACACUUGAUGAACAUCGGGUGCUAAGAGAUUUGUGGCCAGGCAAAUCUCCUCUUUCAUAUCUAAUUAGGGAAAACGAUACUGAGGAUGUUCUUCAUCAGCCAUUAAACUAUAUGUCCAACUGCUUCAUUCAUAAUGUUGCAAGUUUGGAUAUACAUAACUAUCUUCAUCUGCCAAUGGAGUUGUCGCGAGAAAAACAAUUGAUAGAAGAUUCGACAGAAACUGCAAAAGCAAAAGUUACUCCCUUGUUUGAAAUGUUAACAGUACCAGCAACAGCAAGGAACCAAGGAAUGUGGCAAGGAGAUUCACUGCCUUUAAUUAACUCAAAUAGCAUGGAAAAUGGGGUUGAUGUAAAUGGAAUUGAGAUACAUAUGAUGGGAAAGAGGGAAAGACCAUCAGCUAAAACUGAUGCAAUUCACAUUGAGGCUUGCCUGGAAAAACACUCUCCGAAAGGCACGAUUUCUGACAGACUACAAAAGGACCUUCCACGCACGAACCUAAUAAAAUCCCACUCUCCAUCACCUUCAGCGAUCCAGGAAACUUUGAGCAGAUAUGUUAAUUCCUCAGACAAAACUGGUAGCGUAAGUACUGGAGGACUGAGCACAUCUAGAACUGAAAGCAUGAAUGUAGAUCAAGUUUUUUCUCAUGUUCAGAGGUCCAAGAUUUCAAAUACUAGUAGUAUAAUUGAAAACUUGGCACAAAAGGAGCAAUGUAAAAGAUGGCUCAAACGCCUCAGACACAAAUCUUCAGAUGCUUUUGGCCUUGGUUCUAAGAGAACAAAAAUUGGAAAUCACCCCACUAAUGCAGAAGUAUGUAGCUUUUCAAGUAAAGCACACAAUUAUGACACAUCCAGCUCGGCGAUGACAAAAUGUCCCAAGGAACAGCAGAUACCUGAUACGACCAAAGACAUACCAAGUACUUCUGAGUGCUCCUAUGGAGUAUCAGCAAGAGAUGUGCAAUACUGGAUUAAAAGAUGGUGUUAUAAGACCCCUCAAACAGUUAAAGCUCAUGUGAGUGUAGUUACACCUGGGCUAUGGGAGCCUGAAAAUCGAAAAGUUCUUCCUGAUAAUAUUGAGGGGAAACAGUUCCCAAGCAUCAGGGCGAUAGCUUUGAUGGGGAGAGCAAUGAACAAAUUCCAAACAGGUCAGUUUCAGAGAAAGGGAUCAUCAGUGGUGUGGAAUAUAGAGGACUUUUGAAAGCUACAGGGCUUUGGUUUCCGGUCCUCAUGCAGCUUGCAGAUUUCCAUGGCGAGAAAGGUGCAAUCGAAAGACACCAUCCAAAAUAUUGUGGAUCAGAUGUGAAAAGUUAUCCAAAUUCGAGGUUGCAUACAUUACAAUCAGUAAAUUCUAUAGUCAUGUUUCCUUAAUGUUGAUCUUUUGUUUUUCUGGGAUCGGCUUUUAAGGAAGUAAUCUGAACUCUAUAUCUACUUAAUAUGUUCUGAAAGAUGUUUUUCUUAUCCUCAUUUUUGCGGUACACAUUUUCUUUU